AUGGCGGGCGCCUGGUCUCCCGGUUGUUGCGAAGGAAGUUCGUCUUCUUCCUGCGUGUGUGACCGCCAGGGCAAGUGGAGCGAGCCCUCGCUGCUGGGCAGGCGGCUGUCCGAAGACUCGAGGCGCCACCAGCUGCUGCAGAAGUGGACGAGCAUGUGGAACUCCUCCGGCGGGGACGAGUCGGAGGCGGGCGCGGAGAAGGCGUCGCGCACGGAGGCCGCGGAGGCGGCGGCGGCGGAGGAGACGGGGGCCCGGGGCCCGGGGCCCGAGGAGGAGGAGACCCCGCUGGUGUUCCUGUGCUCCGGGUGCCGGCGGCCGCUCGGCGACUCGCUGAGCUGGGUGACCUGCCAGGAAGACACCAACUGCAUCCUGCUGCGCUGUGUCUCCUGUAAUGUUUCUGUGGAUAAGGAACAGAAAUUAUCCAAACGCAAAGAUGAAGAUGGUUGCAUUCUGGAGACUCUGUACUGUACCGGCUGCUCCCUCAACCUGGGCUACAUAUACAGAUGCACUCCCAAGAACCUAGAUUACAAGAGGGGCUUGUUUUGUCUCAGUGUUGAAGCCAUUGAAAGUUAUACUUUAGGGUCCUCUGAAAAGCAAAUGGUCCCAGAAGAUAAAGAGCUUUUUAAUCUUGAAAGCAGAGUUGAAAUAGAAAAGUCUCUAAAGCAGAUGGAAGAUGUCUUGGUAGCCUUGCAAAGGAAGCUGUGGGAGGUGGAGUCAAAGCUGGCCAUUACCAGUUCUAACAGAUGAGCUCUUCCUCCCAUCCUGCCUCACCCACUUCUCUCUCUCUCUCUCACCCACC